GAAUUGUUUUUCGCACAGACGACUACAUCUUCUCGAUCUCCCUCUUGAGCCAGCUGGGAAAGAGAUCGCCUCAAAAGGCUGUCUCAGGAUCUCACCAUCUCAGAAGCUUAUCGGUGACGUCAGCCCGACCCCUGUUUGGCGCUGUGGAUAUUUCACGGAGAUGGAGGGGGCGGGGUAAGUCACGGAGUGCCUGCCGGCAUCCCUUGACCACGCCGUCACACCGUUGUCGUUCUGAUCGGCGCCGCCAACGUUGGAUAUUGACACCUGCAAACGUCAGGGUCCACCAGGGGUCCUGUUUGACAGGCGAAUGACAGCAAAAUUCCACUGACCGAGGGGCAAAGGCGUCUUUGUCGUUCCCUUUUGCAAGUUCCCCCUCGCAGGGUGGAUCUGCAGCUUAGACAUUUGGGGACCUCAUGACUGGUUUGUGGAAGUGAGUUUGGGCACCCAUACUGCUCCGUUGACGCUUGGCCUUCGUACCUUCUUCCCAGCCUGGUGGUAAAGAGUGCCGGUGAUACAACGUUGCUUCGCUCGGUUCUUGACCGUUUCCACCUUACAACCUCGAGGCAUCAAGUCUGAUAUCUUUUGAAUACCUAGCCGAUCAUCUCUCCAUUGUGUUUAUCAUCAUCACAAGUCAUUUCGGGUGUCACUGGCCUUGACUUGACCACGUGGUUGUAAUAUUGGAUUUUCUUAUUCAUAUUUCACCGCAGACUUCACUGUGUAGCUAGCACAGCGGCACACGACACAGCACAGCAUUCCGUUUUCAAACAUGGUCUCCCAAAUUGAACAACAGCCAGCGAGGGAGGACGUCAACCCUCCAACCACAGCCAGCCCAGGCCCCGUCGAUGGAGACCAAGCCAUUGACGAGUCCUCCGAUGCCGACGGGGACUUUGCCCAACUGCAAAAGACACUCAGUCAGAAGCGACGAGCAGAGAAAGACUCUCCUGAGUCGAGGCUUCAGAAGGCGCUUCCGUUCCCCUUUUUCCCAAACAUCAGACCCCUGACCGUCUCUGACGCACCGUCAUGCGUGCAAUUGGAGAACGCCGCAUUCCCCAACCCUGACCAUAGGGCGUCCCCUGAGAAGUUCGAAUACCGCCUCACCACCUGCCCCGAACUCUCCCUCGGCGUUUUCUGCACCGUCAUCCCCUCCCAGCUUCCCUCCUCCUGCAAGCUCCCCACCCUUUCCACCGCCCGCCCGGUGGAAACCGACCGGGCUGAUGGCGCCGUGUCGGUGCUACUGGCGCAUAUCGUCUCCACUCGUGGGACUGGCAAAGUCGUCAGUGACGCUGAUAUGGACUACCCCAAAGACUGGCGGACACGACAAGGGAAGUCUGCCGAGGUGGGCCAUCAGGAGACGGGGGGGCUGGUGGCGCUGCAUUCACUUGCUGUUUUGCCUGGACUUCAGGGAUGCGGGAUAGGCAAGAUGAUCAUGAAGGCGUAUUUGCAGCAGGUGAAGGGUAUGGGGCUGGGGGAGGGGGUGGGAUUGAUUUGCCAGGAUUAUCUGGUGGGAUAUUAUGAGAGGUUUGGGUACAAGAACCUGGGGCCAAGCAAGGCGCAGUUUGGGGGUGGGGGGUGGAAUGAUAUGGUGUUUGAUCUUUCUGGGAAACCAGAGUAGUGUUUCUGAUAUCUUCCGAUGGCAACACACUGCUAUACGAGGCAGCGACUGGACAUGGAUUCCGAGCAGCAGAAUAGGGAGAUCCGAACCAACUUGGACCUCCUUUUUGAAAUAGACAGGGGAUAUGUAACUGCUGAUGUCGAAAACAUGGUGACUUUCGUGUGAGGAGUACCUUGCUGUUGCACGGGCAUAGUGACUCGAUUCCAGGAUCAGACAGCUUCGACGCAGUCCUCAGAAGUCCCAUUAGAGAUGACCGGCAUCCCCUCAUCUUGAUCUAGAAGCCUAUCUCUGCC